AAAAAUGAUGGUUCGAAAAAAAAAUCUGGAAAGAAUUGUUCAAGGAAUUCUUCUUCUUUCAGUUUUCAACUUCUCCUCGCAUAAAGAGUUGGAUUUGCUGCAGGCGAUCUCAGUUCCUUUUGAUGAUCCGAAGCAUGUUUAUUUUGCGGAGGGUCUUCAUGGUCUCCAUGCAUUUGGCCUAAGAGCAGGAUCUGAUCUGAGAACUCCACACUCUCUUAUUUUCCCUCCAGUCAUGUUUGAAAAUUUUGCAAUCCUGGCAACUAUCCGACCUGCUGAUUCUCAGGGUGGAUUCUUGUUCUCUGUUGUAUCUCCGUUUGAUUAUAUUGUUAGCCUAGGUCUGAGUAUAACUGCAUCAUCUAGUUUAGGCAAACAGACUGCUUCUCUUUACCUCUCUAAUGUUGGUAAAAUGAAAUCUAAACCAUUAGCUGAGUUCUCUAUCCCCUCGCUCCCCCUCUCCUGGACUGCAGUUGCUCUCAAGGUUCAGGCCAGCAUGGUCACACUCUUCAUUAACUGCCAAGAGGUUCAAACCAUAGCUGUUGCUAGACCUCAGACUGUUAAAUUCGAUCCUGCUUCUUCUCUAUUCAUUGGUCAGGGUGGUGGAAGACAUAUGACCCCCUGGGAAGGAGUAAUCCAGGAGCUGAGGGUUAGUCCUAACCCUGAUAAUGCUGAAGAUUAUUGCCUGGAGAGCACAGAGGUUAUUAUGAUCGACGGAGAGAAGAAAUCUGGUCCUCCACUCUCAGUACAUCAUGUAGGACAGGGUGUACAGGGACCUAAAGGAGAUAGAGGACCUAUGGGACCAAGGGGUCCCCCGGGACAAAGUGUUCGAGGAGCUCCGGGUUUACCUGGACCUCCAGGGAUUCCAGGAGUACCUGGAGCAACUGGACCUCUUCGAGAACAUCAAGAGUUUGUUGUUGGAGAGUGUGGUUGCAAUGAGAGUAUAAUUGAACGAAGUAUUGUUAGAUUAACCGAUGUUCUUCCUAAAGGAGAUAAAGGAGAUUCUGGGAAAGAGGGUCAACCUGGUUUAUCUGGACUCCAGGGACCACCAGGCCCAGAGGGAGCCCAGGGGUCCAGGGGAAUAAAAGGAGAUAGAGGAUCCAGGGGUGAACCAGGACUUACCGGAGCUCAAGGGGUUCCCGGAGAUAAAGGAGAAUCAGGACAGGACGGAGAACCUGGACGGAACGGAGAAGUAGGACCUCCUGGACCUCCUGGUCCACCUGGAUUCAUCAACGGAUAUGAUCCCGCCUGGUCUCCGAGGAGCAGGAUGAUGCAAGACUCCGUCCUUGUCGGAAGGCAGGGUACAUCAGAGAACAUAAAACAGUCUGGUUCCCCUGGAUCUAAAGGGGAGAAGGGGGAUACAGGGAAGAGCGGAGAGCAUGGAAGGAAGGGUUCAACAGGACAGAAGGGGGAGAAGGGAUACGAAGGGAAGAAAGGGGAACGAGGAAGCCAGGGAGAGCUGGGGGCUACAGGACCCCCUGGUAACAAGGGAGAUGUAGGACCAGGAGGUACACCUGGAGUACCUGGACCUACAGGAGCACCUGGAGUUUCAGGGAGUAAAGGAGACACAGGAGAACCAGGUCCUCCUGGGAGUAUUCUUCAUCUUAACACAACAAUCCUCUCCGGUCUUAAACUUAAACCUGGAGAGAAGGGGGAGAGAGGGCUGCCAGGAUUAAGGGGUAGAAAGGGAGACAAUGGUAUCCCUGGUAUGCCUGGAUUGAAAGGAGAACCUGGUCCCCUACCUGUCCUAAACAUGACGGCCCUGAAGGGACCCCGAGGAGAACGAGGGAGGAGAGGGAAGCGAGGUCGACCUGGUCCUCCUGGAACUCCAGGUCCUCCAGCUCCUCCAACUAUACCAGACUACUUUGAUGCUUUUGAUAUCCCCUCUAACCCUGAGCUAAGACCUGAAAUUCCUCUUCAAGUAGUUCAAGGACUUCUCCAUGAAGACUCCUUCAGUGUACCCAUUUCCGGAUCUCACGGGAAACGAGAAUCUGAGAAGAGUCCGGAUAUCUCUCACUGCUCCUCACCGCUCAGUGUCGCUACUGUUGAUAAAUUAUCGCGGCAUUUCUCGAUUUGUCCGCCUGGUACAGUCGUCUUCCUUCAGUCGGAGCAAACUCUGGUAUUUAAAGUGGACGUAGGUUGGAGAUACAUAAUGGCUGGAGGACUGGUGGAAAAGGAUUCAGACCGGGGAAGGUUCAACUAUUGAAUAUUCAUCUCAAACAUUGUACACCAUCAGACCAAGCAGUACUUUCAGUACCCUUGCAGUUUAUUCAGUUGGCUGUACAUGCAUUACUUACAAUGCAUAUAUUAUACCUGCUGAAUCUCAUUAUGUACAUACCUGCGGUACAUGAAGAAAAUACGUGAAUUACAUGCUGCACAUGCAGUACAUUUAAUUCUUUGUGUUUAAGGAAUUAAUAUAUAAUGACUUAUUUUAUAAGAAUGCUACAUUAUUUUGAUACACAGGAAGUAGCUUCAUGGUGUCCCGAUAAUUCUAGCAACUAAGCGAAAACUUUUAAAUUGUCUUUGAUCUACGUGACGACUUUUUUGUAAGCAUUAUUUGUAGUAGUUUUACACUUAAAUUAUUCAUUAAUUUAACUCAAAAAAUCCUAAUCUGGGAUUUUGGUCGACCAUUUUUGUAACAAUUAGACAUCCAAUAUUUCCGUAAAAUUUAUAAGAAAGAAAAAGUAGUUCUUAUUUAUGAAAACCAUUAUUAUACAUUCUUCUUCACGUAUUGGAAUAAAGUUUACAACGUU